GCUCACUCACUCGCGUCCCAUCCCAUCACGUCGUGUGUUCACUCUCUCCCCGUCGCCCUUCAGCUCAGCUCAGCUCAGCUGAGUUCGAGCUAGAGACAAGAGCCACCCACGCGAACGCCGCCACCUCGCUCGGGUCUCUUCGCCAGCCCGCUGCUCCGGCAAUUGCUCGCUGCUGUUUGAUUCUGCUGAGGGGAGGAGGCGGCGGCGGAGCGGCGGGGAAGGGAUGAUGGGGCGGAUGCGGGUGCCGGCGGCGGCGCUGCUGGUGCUGGCGGCGUGCGCGGCGCUGCCGUCGGGGACGGCGGCGAACAAGAUCAGCAUCAACUGGAAGCCCAACACCAACUACUCCGACUGGGUGACGCAGCACAGCCCCUUCUACAAGGACGACUGGCUCGUGUUCUACUACACGGCGGGGCAGGCGGACGUAGUGCAGGUGGACGAGGCCGGGUACAACAAGUGCGACGCCAGCAACGCCAUCUACAACUACAGCAAGGGCCGCAGCUUCGCGUUCCAGCUCAACGAGACCAAGACCUACUACUUCAUCUGCAGCUACGGAUACUGCUUCGGCGGGAUGCGCCUCGCCAUCAAGACCGAGAAGCUGCCGCCGCCGUCCCCGCCGCCGUCCGCCAGCCACAAGUCCGCCGCAGCAGCCUUCGCAAGGUCCCACGCCGCGGGCAUCUACGUCGCCGUCGCCGCGCUCGCCGCGCUCCUCAGGAUGGUCUAGCUAGGCAAAAUCUAGCCAGCCAGCCCUCCGUUCGAGUUCUUUCGUUCAAUUUGGAGCUCUUGUUUUCUUUUUUGUUUCUUCCUUUUUUUUAUAGUGUGCUUGGGCUCUGAAGAGGAGUCGUAGUAGUGGAGUGUGUUGUGUUGGGUUUAUUAGUGGCGUGGAUUUGCGGAAGCGAUUGAUUGAGCUGAGAGAUUGAUUUAUUCCCUGUGUGAAGAACUCUAGCUGAAGUAACCUAGCUUUGCAUCUUGUCACGGAGAUAAAA